UGCCUCUGAGAGAGAGAGAGAGAGAGAGAGAGAGAGAGACUCUGAGGGGCGGAGAGAUUUAAACUCACUUCUGAAAGUCUGAGGAGCAGUGUGUGUGUGUAUUUGUGUGUGUGAGUGUUUCAGUGUUUUUAGAGUUUUGAAGAGUUGUGAGGAGAAACAUGGCGGGGGUGGCUUUAACUCUGGCUAAGAAGCGAGCCAUGGCCGCGGGGUUCGGUACCAACGCCAAGGCCAACAAGUACCUGAACCAGGACUUCGAGGUGCUGCGCAGUCAGUGCCUGGGCUCCGGCCAGCUGUUCUGCGACCCCAUGUUCCCCGCCGCCCCCGAGUCUCUGGGCUUUAAGGAGCUCGGACCUGGAUCCUACAAAACCAGGGGAGUGCAGUGGAAAAGACCCGGGGAGCUGUGUUCCAAACCCCAGUUCAUUGUUGGUGGUGCCACAAGGACCGACAUCUGCCAAGGAGCCCUGGGGGACUGCUGGCUCCUGGCAGCCAUUGCAUCUCUUACUCUGAAUGAGGAUGUGAUGGCCAGGGUGGUCCCGAGUGGCCAGGAUUUCGGUUCCAGCUACGCCGGCAUCUUCCACUUUCAGUUCUGGCAGUUUGGCGAGUGGGUGGACGUCGUCAUUGAUGAUCGGCUGCCGGUGAAGGAUGGAAAGCUGCUGUUUGUUCACUCAGAGGAGGGUAACGAGUUCUGGAGUGCCCUGAUAGAGAAGGCCUACGCCAAGGUGAACGGCUGCUACGAGGCUCUGUCUGGAGGCUCCACCACUGAGGGUUUUGAGGACUUCACUGGAGGCAUCGCUGAGAGCUACGAGCUGAGGAAAGCUCCGCCUGACCUGUUCCAGAUCAUCCAGAAAGCCCUGGAGGCAGGAGCUCUGCUGGGCUGCUCUAUAGAUAUCACCAGUGCUGCUGAUUCAGAGGCGAUCACCAGUCAGAAGCUGGUGAAGGGACACGCCUACUCUCUCACUGGGGCUACCGAGGUGCAUUAUCGUGGUGGGCUGGAAAAGCUGGUGCGGAUGCGGAACCCCUGGGGCCAGGUGGAGUGGACUGGAGCAUGGAGUGACAACUCGUCUGAGUGGAAAUCUGUGGAUCCUUCAGAACGGCCGAACGCUAGUGCAGAAGAUGGAGAAUUCUGGAUGUCGUUUCAGGAGUUUAUGCGGCAGUACUGCCGUAUAGAAAUCUGCACGCUGACCCCAGACGCUAUCACUAGUGGUGCAGUCAAGCCCUGGAGUGUGAGCAACUACAACGGCAACUGGAGGAGAGGCUCCACUGCAGGAGGCUGCAGAAACAAUCCUCAAACGUUCUGGAUGAACCCUCAGUUUGUGAUAAAGCUGGAAGAACAGGAUGAUGACCCCAAUGACAACCAGACCGGCUGCAGCAUGGUGGUGGGCUUGAUUCAGAAAAACCGGCGGCGGCUGAGGAAAGAGGGGGAGGACAUGCACACCAUUGGCUAUGCCAUCUAUGAGGUGCCUCCACAGUUUAAAGGACAGAGGGAUGUUCAUCUGGAUAAGAAUUACUUCCUGACGCACGCUCAGAAAGCUCGCUCAGAGACCUUCAUCAACCUGAGGGAGGUCAGCACCAGGUUCACGCUGCCUCCUGGAGAGUACCUGGUCGUGCCCUCCACCUUUGAACCCAACAAGGAUGGAGACUUCUGUCUGCGCGUGUUCUCAGAGAAGCAGACCGAGACACAGAUUUGUGACGAUCCUGUUGAUGCUGUAUUAGAUAAUGACACUGUAUCAGACAGUGAAGUUGAAGGCAGCUUCAGGGCUAUGUUUGUGAAGCUUGCGGGAGCUGACAUGCAGAUCUCUGCGGUAGAGCUCAAAACCAUCCUAAAUAAAGUGAUUGCGAAACGAACUGAUAUCAAGACAGAUGGCUUCAGCCUUGAUACAUGCCGGAUCAUGGUCAACCUCAUGGACGAUGAUGGCACUGGAAAGCUGGGUCUGGGCGAGUUUGCAUCACUGUGGAAGAAAGUGCAGAAAUACAUGAACAUCUAUAAGAAGAACGACUUGGAUAAUUCAGGGAAUAUCAGCACACCGGAGUUGCGCUUGGCACUGAAGGAAUCAGGAUUCAGAGUGAAUGACGCCAUCUUCCAGCUGCUAGUGGCGCGCUACGCUGCUCCAGACCUCACCGUCGACUUUGACGACUUUGUGGCAUGUCUCAUGCGUCUGGAGAUGAUGUUCCGAAUGUUUAAGAAGAUAGACGCACACAACACUGGCUUCAUAGAGGUGGACUUCACUCAGUGGCUGUGCCUAACCAUGAUCUAACUGACAUCCUCCUGAACACAGUGAAGACAAGUUAAGACAUGAUUCUCAAUUGCUUGAACACACCUUGCAUUUAAAUUGGUGUAACAGCUAACAUAGACUCCAGAAUGCUGUCAUUUUCAUUCGUUAUACGUCCAUACUUAUUUUACCAUGAUGUUCCAGUGUGUUUUCUGUGCCAAUAUCCUGUAAGAUUUGAUAAUAGUUGAUGCUACUAGGAUAACAUUGCUAAAACGCUAAACUAAGAAUGUCAGAAAUGUCUCCUCAUUUUUGUGAAUACACACCUAAAAAGCACUUAAAAUCUGUUCCUCAAAACGGAUUCAGACCUUUAUUUAGUAAUAUACUGUAUUGGUGCAGACAAGUCAACAUGGUUUAGAACACAAUAUAACUUAUUUUAGUCUGUACACACUAGAAUGAAAUAAGUGUCACUCCUUAAAUGAUUAAAAGAUCCAAACACUCUUUUAUGUAGCUUGUCAUUAGAGGUGGGCAAUAUAAUUAUAUUUUAUUGUAUUGCAAUAAAAUAGUUUUAUAUUGAUUGACAAUAUACUUUAAUAAGCAUAUUGAGAGUAUCAUGAGUGCUUAAAGGAAACUGACCCAGCUGAUAUCGUUGAUAUCGGUUUAUAUCGUAUCAACCGAAAAAAUGGGGACUGAUGAUGAAAAUGGGGACUGCUCAAGUCCAGUGUUUUUUAGCAAUGUUAGCUUAGCAUCUCCUGUUGUACACUACAGGUUAUGUAAGAUACUGUUGCUGUUAACUACACCUGCAGGCAGUGAUCACUCAUGUUUAUUAGAUUCCUUUAUUUUUUUCUUCACAUUUCUUAUUGGAUAAGUAUAUUUUGUGUAUGCUGUAGUCUGCUGUUCUAACUGUUACCCAAAGCAAAUAAUGUGCUGAGACUUGUGCCAAAGCAAUUGAGAACCGACGCAACUACAUUUAUGUUGUAACUUUUUUUUUUUUUUUUUUUUUACAUAUUUUGUAAUAGAUUUGUUUAAAACAUUCUUUAUUGUAAUGUUAGCUAUUGUGAUUCUGUUUUUUUUUUUAUGAUCAUAUCUCAUUGUUGUUAUGAAAUGAUUAUGGGAGAAACCCCCGUAACUGACACUGGCCUUCUAAGAAUUAAGGUGCAAUAGUUAUGAUCACUGCAGUAAAUUUAGAAAUAAGGCAUAAUUGAAUGGGAGUGUGGCUGUAGCUGCUAUAGAAAGCUCUGGGGUGAAGGAAACAAUAUGAAACUAUUCAUUGAAACGAGUCUAAAGCCUGAAGCUCAGAUUCACAUUACAUAGAAUUCGCAUAUUAAUCGGAAACAAAUUCCAGAUAUGAAUGCCCCCUAAAGAUUGUUCAGCCUCGCAACAGUUGCUACAAAAAGAACACAAAUGUUGGCGGAGCAUAAAUAGCACCAUCAUUACGGUGAAUUUACACUGCUCCGACGCGACAACGCACAGCGACGGAUCCCAUUCAUUUUCAAUGGGAAGCGCCGCCUCCGUCAGACGCAGUCGCGCGGUGCAUCAUGGGUCCGACGCGUCGAGAGCGGGGGAUGCGAUGCGGUGAAAAGUUGAGCCGAGCUGAACUUUAUGCAAAUGAGUCCGUCCAACGCAAUGCGUCUAUCCAAUCAGAGAGCAGGUGUUGGCCCGUAACGCGUCCUCAGCGCAGCGCAUGAAAACAUUUUAGUUCCGCUUUCAAGCGUCCAGAGAAGCCUGGAAGAGGAGUUUCAGGCUUCCCUGUUCUUUAUAAAAUCCCUGCUGAUUCACAGGGACUCUGUCAGCGAGGAGAAAGGCUGCUGUGAUUGUUGGAGUCUCUGGUGGGUUUUUAAAAUAUUAAUAUGUAAUUUGAUUGGAAAAGUUUGCUUUUUUCAGCUUAUAUACUGCUCACUAGACAGUGUAAUGAAGCUCAUUCAAACAUUUAUAUCUAUAAAGACACAUUCAUAUUUAUUAAGUAUUGGAAAUAAUAAUAGCUUAUAUAAAAAGCAUUUCCCAUUUAUUAAAACGAUUUAAUUGGACGACGCAGGGAAAGCCUUUGUAACGCCCACAUGCGACCGGUUGGAGGGGGGUAGUGCGACCAUGUGCGUUUUCGCGUCGGAGCAGUGUAAAUUCACCGUUACACCAUCAGAAAAAUGAAUUAAAUAAUGUGUAUUUAUAGGAGGCCAAUUCUGCCGUUUUUAAUUAGAAGUCCUUGGAUUGUUGGAAUUGAAAUGGUGUGUGGGGGGGUUAUUGGGUACAGCGGUUGUUUUUAUUGGUGGAAGAAUGUCUAAAUGUACCUUAACCACUAUGUAAUGUAAUAAAUAUAAUUCUAUAUUAAUUUUCUUUGAUUUAAUAAGAAUUAAACACUGUUUUGACAGUUCA